CCGACCCCUGACCUGGCAUCCACACUGCUGUCUGUCUGUUGGCCCCCUCUCGGCAGGGCCCCCUCUCGGCAGGGCCCCCUCUCGGCUGGGCCCCCUCUCGGCUGGGCCCCCUCUCGGCAGGGCCCCCUCUCGGCAGGGCCCCCUCUCGGCUGGGCCCCCUCUCGGCAGGGCCCCCUCUCGGCAGGGCCCCCUCUCGGCAGGGCCCCCUCUCGGCAGGGCCCCCUCUCGGCAGGGCCCCCUCUCGGCAGGGCCCCCUCUCGGCAGGGCCCCCUCUCGGCUGGGCCCCCUCUCGGCAGGGCCCCCUCUCGGCAGGGCCCCCUCUCGGCUGGGCCCCCUCUCGGCUGGGCCCCCUCUCGGCAGGGCCCCCUCUCGGCAGGGCCCCCUCUCGGCUGGGCCCCCUCUCGGCUGGGCCCUCUGCCAGCCUGGCCCUCUGCCAGCCUGGCCCUCUGCCAGCCUGGCCCUCUGCCAGCCGGCCCCCCUCCCUGCUGGGCCCUGGCCGGGGGGGACAGGAGGGCGGGGGGAGAACUGUAGAGGUGUAACUUGCUCCAAAAGAGCGCCAAUGUUGGACUAACAAGCGAGGAGCCAGGUAGGGUUGUGACCUCUGUGUACAGCUUAGAAACUAAAUGUGAAUCUGUGGCGCUCUUCAAGAUAUUCUUUUAUUUUAUUUUUUGGUUAUUAAAGAAAGUUCUGAGAGGAAAUGUAUUUUAGGCUUUCGUCUUCUGCUCCUACUCUUAUCUAUGAUGAUGAUGAUAAAACAAGUCUUUUUACUGUGUUUGUGAAAAGAAAUGUCCUUAAUAAGUUUGUUUUAAUAAUUAAUGGAUUCCAGAGUAACAGUUCACUUGUACAGUGACUGUUACCAGUAAUCAGAAGCUAGGGUUCUUUGCUAAGGACUCAAAGGUGUUCUGGAUCUAUGUGCUAUCCCAACAACAUGGUUGUAAUAUAACAUGUCAUGUUAACAAAUGAUAUAGAAUGCCAGCUGUUGUUGUGACAGUUCAUUUUUAAUGUGUUGUAAUUCCAGUGAGGAGUUGAUCUCUCACAGGGCCGGGUUCACCACUGAUGUGUGGAUGGACAUGACUGCUCGGGGCAUAUCAAUAAACGGUUGUGUAUUGUAUAUAGGCCUACAUGAACAUCAUGCCAGAUAAAUAAAAACACUUGAAUAUUCCUAG